CUUACUUCUCAGGUUUGGCAGGAAUGUGUGCGAAGACCACAGUGGCGCCUCUGGACCGUAUUAAGAUACUUCUACAAGCACAUAACAAACACUACAAAAAUGAUGGAGUAUUGAGUGGCUUACGAAAUAUUGUGGCUCGGGAGAGCGUUUGGGCCCUAUACAAGGGUAAUGGUGCACAAAUGGUCCGAAUCUUUCCCUAUGCUUCAACACAGUUCACAUCAUUUGAGUUAUACAAAAAGGUGCUAAACAGCAUAUGGGGUAACAAUAAAUACUUGAGUAAAGGCACUUCAGCUGUUGCUGGUUCACUGGCCGGGGUGACUGCUGUCUUUCUUACGUAUCCCCUGGACACUAUACGUGCAAGACUAGCCUUCCAGGUGUCAGGAGAACAUGUGUACACUGGCAUUGUUAAUGCUGCAGUAACUAUAUUCAAGUCAGAAGGUGGAUUUCGAGCCUUGUAUCGAGGAUUUACUGCAACUGUAUGUGGGAUGAUUCCCUAUGCUGGCCUUAGCUUCUAUUGCUUUGAACAGAUGAAGUAUUUAUGCAUGAAGCAUCUCCCAGAUUAUACCUGCAAAGCUUGUGAAAAAAAUACAGGUGGGUUAGUACUAGUAGUUCCUGCUAAACUUCUGUGUGGAGGCUUGGCUGGUGCUGUGGCACAAAGCUUCUCGUAUCCCUUUGAUGUUACACGGCGGAGAAUGCAGCUGGCCUGGAUGACUGAAGAGACUCGCAAGUUUGGGAUGGGUAUGGUGGAUACAUUGCGUCUUAUCUACAAGGAGAAUGGCAUUACUCGAGGUGCCCUGCGACUUAUGAUGGUUCAACUUUACUAUGUUGCAAAAGCUAUUACUACUUUGGAGGUGAAGCUUAAGAUAAUUACCCAUCAUGAAGGCAGAAAGUCUGUAACUUGUAUAUUGUUUUUACUUUUCAAUACUGGUAUUUAUUUAGUAAUUACACCUACCAUCCGACUUACGACCUGCUCGACUUAUGACCGUGUUUUUUAUGCCAAAUUUCUGGGAAAUAAACAACUAUUUGUGUUGUACAGUGUUUAUCCUAAACCUUACAGUAUAAAAUACAGUACUAACAACAUAAAAAGUAAAGUAAAACAUGAAAUACCAAAAUAAAACAAUAAAAUAGUCAUUACAAAAAUGUUUUGUUGAUAUUCAGUAGUAAAGUUUGACUGAUGACCGGUUUCUCGGAACCAAACUCGGUCGUAAGUCGGAUGGUAGGUGUAUUUGUUUAUUCAGAGAGUUAUUUACAUAUUUAGCAUAUAUUUGUAUUUGACUUAGCAUAUGUUCAUAUUUUCGACUUAGGUUCGUCAGAACAUAUUAUUAUUAUUAUAAUAAUCAAAAAGAAGCGCUAAGCCACAAGGGCUAUACAGCUCGUCAGAACAUAACCGCAUUGUAAGUCGAGGAGCACCUGUUAAUAUGCAGCCUUUACUCACUUAACGAUGGAGUUCCAUUCCUAAGACUGUCGGUAAAUGAAUUUGUCACUAAGGAGCAUACUAUAAUGGUGGUGGGUUUGUCGACCAUCUUUGAUAUUGCUUUGUCACCUUUGCACCAUUUAUAACAUUUUUAGUAUAUUUUCUAAAUGUUUAUACAGUAGUUUACUGUAUAUUGUAAUACAGAAUAGAGGAAAUCAGCUCUAAUAUACAUUAUUUAGGUAUACAUACUGGUCCGAGAGCCCGUCGUAAGUCAGUCGUCAGUAAACUAAUGCGUUGCUAAGUGAGGAGAGGCUGUACAGUAAAGGUAACAUUUGUUAGAGCGCCGGCUUGCCAUAGGUUCGAAUCCUGUGUACUUUUUGAAGUGUUAAAAUUCUGAGUCUGAGACAACAUAUUUGUAAGAUUAUUAUUAUUCCUUUUAAUGCUCUGUGUAAUAAGUUUUGCAAAAAAUUACUAUCACUUUUGUUACUUAACUAUGAAUUAUAUAUAUUUUUUUUUUUUUUUUGCAGUUUUAAAUACAGUAUUUUAAUACCUAUUGUUUUGUUUAUGAUCAGUGUGUGUGUGUGUGUGUGUGUGUGUGUGUGCGUGUGUGUGUGUCCUCUGAAUCAUAGAUACUUUUCUGAGUCAGGGGCUGAGGGGGCCUACAGUGCAUGCAAAAGAAAUCAUCGACUCUGUAAAAAUUAUCAACAUUUUACAUAAAAAAAAAAAAUUAAUAAAAGGAGAAAUGAUACAAUGAACUGAAAAC